GACAUAGUGUUUAUGUGCUAGAGUUAAACGGAAAAAUAUUAUGUCGACAAUUUUAGCGAUAAUUUGUGUUUCCAUCAGCUUAAUUUUGAUGCGCUAAAACUUUUUUCGCAAAAAAUCCUUGGAUGGAAACAUAGUUAUGAAAACAUCCGUUUAUAAUUCACCAAUAUACACUACGCACAGGAUUAAUCCAUGACGUCAUCACGCUACAGUUUGCAACGAGGAGCCAUUCAGAAGAAAGGACAUUUUGUGCCGUUGAGUAUAAUCCUUUUAUUAAUCAUAGCAACGGUUGCUGCAUCAUAGGGGAAGGAAGCACACUCCUGUCACAUCAAUCUUUUAUCUAUUUAAGAGUUUAUAUCAGUUUCUUUAUACAAUCAUGUAUUCUGUCAUGGAAGACUAGACACCAGUUAUGGGGUGUCCAGCAGAGAGAGAGGCUUGAAUGGGGACACCCUGUGAUCACAUUUUAAUUAUGUUAAUUUGGAAUAUAUUUUACCGUUCAGAAUUACUUUUCACUUAAAUAUGUGUUGUUGUCAGUAUAGUCUCUGUUUAUUCCAUUGCGAUCCUGGGUGAGUUAGAGGUGCAGCCAUGGAGGAAUGUUCAUCUUAUAAGCAAGUUCAUCAAGUUCACAACUGUUUGUUUGGUGUGGCAUGUGCUGUGCAUCAGUUUAUUGGUUGUCUGUUUAUUUUCAUAGAGUUUUGGUUCAGUGCUAGUGAAGAAAUCCAACUUUUGUCCACUGUGGUGUAACCCAGUCAUUACAUUGAUAGGGCAUGAUUUCCCAAGAGGGGCUUGGAAUUUUUGUGUGACCUAGAAUAAAUCAUGUAAAAUCUCGUGCUUAGUUUGUUUUGCUUAAUUUCUCACAAUUCUUGCUCAGCACUCACACAGGGUGUUACAAUCAAGCCUUUCUCUCUACUGGACAUUCCCUUUUCCUCUAUCUAUUUUUCAUGGAAAUUCUACAAAACAGUGCUUUCCUGAGGGGGUUGUGUAGGAAUAGCUCCCCUGCAGAUUUACAGUAUGAUAAUUCCUCUGAACUCUUUCGUAUAUCUACAUAUGCCAAGUUCCCCACUACUGCAGCUGUGACCGAGAGGAGCCUGGCCCGUGCAGGGUUUUAUUACACUGGAGUCGGGGAUCGCGUUCAGUGUUUCCGCUGCAAUGUGACUGCUGAGAACUGGCAGUCCGGUGACUGCCCUGCCGAAAAACACAAACAGCUGUCUCCAAACUGCAGCUUCAUCCAGAGUUUACCUGCCACCGCAAACCUUCUGUCAUCCUCCCACUCUGCCUUUUCACCGCUUCGCAAUGUAGCGGUCUUGCAGCUCUCUGCUCCUGCAGGAGCAUUAACUACCACUGCCUCGUCAUCAGGCCAGACCGAGGAGCAGGGUGGUUACCUUAACAUGGGAUUCAGCAACCUGGCCCCUUCCAGUCCCAUUGCCUCCCGUGGAGUGGAGGAUAUGUCUCACCAACGACCUCCAGCUUGUCACAAUCCUGGUAUGCGCCGGGAACAAGAACGACUUGAUACCUUUCAGAAUUGGACUCUUGCUACAGUAACUCCAGCUGAGCUGGCCAAAGCUGGUUUCUACCAUCUUGGCCAGGGUGAUAGGGUGGCUUGCUUCAGUUGCGGAGGCCAGCUUAGCAAUUGGGAACCAGGAGACAGGGCAGUAACAGAGCACCAGAGGCAUUACCCCAACUGCCGCUUUGUCCGAGGUGAUCGCGCAGAUAAUUUACCUAUAUCUGGUAGCGGCCUUUCCAAUGUAUCGAAUUCGGCAAUGCAACAGUGUGAAGAAAGGUUACUCACAUUUAUCAAUUGGCCCUCAAGAAUACCUGUUCGACCAGACCAGUUGGCUAAAGCUGGCUUUUACUAUGUUGGUCGCAAUGAUGAUGUAAAGUGUUUUUGUUGUGAUGGUGGACUCAGAUGCUGGGAGUCAGGGGAUGAUCCUUGGGUGGAACAUGCUAAGUGGUUUCCAAGAUGUGAGUACCUUUUGCAAGAGAAGGGCCAAGAGUUUGUUCAUCAGAUUCAAGCCCGAUUUCCAAGACUAUUUGAACAGCUCUUGACUAAUGGAGAUAGCAACUCAAGAGAAUUUGUUGAUCCACCUGUUGUGCACUUGGGUCCUGGCGAGGACCGUUCAGAAGAUGCAGUGAUGAUGAAUAAUCCUGUGGUGAAGUCAGCCUUAGAAAUGGGAUUUGAGCGUGGCCUGGUGAAGCAAACUGUCCAGAGCAAAAUUCUCACAAGUGGAGAGAAUUACAAAACCGUUCAAGAGCUAGUGUCUGAUUUACUAAGUGCAGAGGAUGAGAAGAGAGAGGAGGAGAAGGAGCUCCUUGCUGAAGAAAUGGCCUCAGAUGGUUUUACUUUCCUUAAGAAACAUCAUGCUGCCUUGGCACAACGUCUAAAAACUGUUCAGAGCUUAAUGGAUCAUCUUCUUGAGGAGAAUGUAAUUUCACAGAAAGAGUAUGACACCAUACGUAACUGUACUACAGUCAAGCAGCAGACUGGGCAGCUCAUUGAUUUAGUCCUGUCAAAAGGGAACGCAGCAGCAGAGGUUUUCCGCAACUGGAUUAAGAAGAAUGAUGUGUACCUGUUAAGAGAACUUAUGGCCCAGGCAAAUGAAGCUGCAUCACCGAGUCAAGAUCUUUCAGAUUUACCUAUGGAGGAACAGUUGAGAAGACUACAAGAAGAGCGCACCUGCAAAGUGUGCAUGGACAAGGAGGUCAACAUUGUGUUCAUUCCCUGUGGUCACUUAGUGGUGUGUAAAGAAUGUGCGCCUUCACUGCGCAGAUGUCCAAUAUGUAGAGGAUUGGUGAAAGGCACUGUCCGUACUUUCCUAUCAUAAAAUGAAUAGCAACAGUAUCCUUCUAGAAACUAAUUAAAAAAGUUAUUUAAUUUAUGCUUAUUUUAUCCUAUAUUUAAAAGUUAAAAGAAAUUCACAUCUAUUAAAUGUGGAGGACAACUUAAACAAGCCAAAGGAAUUUUCUCUCUGGAUUUCAAUAAAGCCUUCUUUAAUAAAGAAUGAAACAUCA